CCUGGCCCGUACUCCAGAAUAUCAAUCUCAAUUCUGUUGUGUGUGGGCCGGAUACCCGGACCCGUCAAGAUCCUCUUCUCUUGACCCGAGAUUUCUCUCCUUCCUUACUCUUUCCGAACUUCUUAGCAAAAUACUCCCCCGUCCCUAAUUUAGCUUCCUCUCAGGGGGAGAACGCAAAAUAAUAAUAAUGGGGAGAAGAUUUGGCAUGAUGAAGAAGAAGAUGUACAAAUGGGGGGUUUAUGUAUGCUCGUUAAAGCACCAUUAUUCCACUUCUUCUUCUCCAAGCGUGACUACCUUUUUCAACAAAUUCGUGGACAAGAGUAAUGUUUUCUCUUGGAACUCUGUCAUUGCAGAGCUUUCUAGGAGUGGGGAUUCCAUUGAGGCGCUUCGGGCUUUCUCUUCUAUGCGGAAGCUCUCCGUUUGCCCAAAUCGUUCGUCUUUCCCCUGCGCCAUAAAAUCUUGUUCUGCCCUCCGCGAUCUUGCUUCCGGCAGGCAGUUCCACCAGCAAGUUUUGAUCUUUGGGUAUGGGUCUGACCUUUUCGCUUCGUCUUCCCUGAUCGAUAUGUACUCCAAGUGUGGUGAGCUCGAGGAUGCACGAUUGCUGUUCGAUGAAAUUCCCCAAAGAAAUGUGGUUUGUUGGACGUCUAUGAUCGCCGGGUACGUGCAGAGCGAACAUCCCCGUGACGCUCUCUUUCUUUUUAAAGAACUGUUGGUUUCGGAGAGUGAGAGCGUGGGAGACGAGGAAGUGUAUGUUGAUGCAGUGGCAUUGGUUUCUGUUCUAUCUGCUUGUUCUCGGGUUUCGGGGAAAGAUAUAACUCAGGGGGUUCAUGGGUUUGCGAUCAAGAGGGGGCUUGAUGAGCAUCUGGGCAUAGGGAACACGUUGAUUGAUGCUUAUGCAAAGUGCAGUGAGGUGGGGCUCUCUCGGAAGGUGUUUGAGGAGAUGGCCGAGAAGGAUGUCAUCUCUUGGAACUCAAUGAUUGCAGUUUAUGCACAAAAUGGGCUCUCCUCGGAAGCCAUGGAACUGUUUCAUUCGCUGGCUAGAGAUAAAGAAGUUAAAUACAAUGCCAUCACAUUAUCCACCCUACUGUUGGCAUGCUCGCAUGCUGGAGCUCUUCGUCCUGGAAAGUCCGUACAUGAUCAGGUCAUAAAAUUGUUCCUAGAAGACAAUGUGUAUGUUGGAACCUCAAUCAUUGACAUGUACUGUAAAUGCGGGAGAUUAGAGAUGGCUAGGAAGGCAUUCGAUCGUAUGAAAGAUAAGAAUGUGAAGUCUUGGUCUGCCAUGAUUGCUGGUUAUGGGAUGCAUGGCCGAGCUAAGGAAGCUCUUGAAGUCUUCUAUGCGAUGAAUCAUGCCGGGGUGACUCCAAAUUACAUUACAUUUGUUUCAGUCUUAGCUGCUUGUGCCCAUGCUGGUUUGCUGGAUGAAGGAUGGCAUUGGUUUAGAGCCAUGGAACACAGAUUCCAUAUAAACCCUGGGCUUGAGCAUUAUAGUUGCAUGGUUGAUCUACUUGGGCGUGCCGGUUAUCUCACCAAAGCAUAUAAUCUUAUCAAUGAAAUGAAGGUGUUGCCCGAUUCUGUUGUUUGGGGCUCUCUUCUUGCUGCUUGCAGAAUGCACAAAAAUGUAGAACUUGCAGAACUUUGUGCUAAUAAGUUAUUUGAAAUAGACCCGACCAACUGUGGGUAUUACGUCUUGCUUUCGCAUAUAUAUGCUGAUGCUGGGAGAUGGAAAGAUAUGGAGAGGAUGAGAAUAAUCAUGAAAAACAAAGGGUUAACCAAAACUCCAGGAUUCAGUCUAGUAGAACUGAAAGGUCUGGUGCAUUUAUUUCUUGUUGGAGAUAGACAACAUCAUCAACAUGAGAGGAUUUAUGCAUAUUUGAACAAGUUAUCCAUUGAGUUGCAAGCGGUUGGCUACACACCGAACAUGAGUUCGGUUCUUCAUGAUGUUGAUGAAGAGGAGAAAGGAUUGGCAUUGCAAGUUCAUAGUGAAAAGUUGGCCGUUGCUUUUGGAAUUUUGAAUUCCAUCCCAGGCGAAACAAUCCACGUGAUUAAGAAUCUUAGAAUAUGUAGUGACUGUCAUACAACAAUUAAGCUGACAACCAAGAUCGUUGAUCGGCAAAUUGUUAUUAGAGACUCCAAGCGAUUCCACCAUUUCAAGGAUGGAAUUUGCUCAUGUGGGGACUACUGGUGAGUGGUAAAUGAACCUCUUCAACUGUGUUUUCCGGCUUCCGGCCUUAAAAUAUUUCCUGUUUUCCAUGUGAUUAUUCCAAAUUUCCAACUACACUGCGAAUCCGGUUGAGACUUGCAUUCCACGGUGGGUGUAGCUGCUGCUUUGCUGAAAUGAAGAUCUUAAGAAAAUUAUCAUCCAUGACUGUUACUGUCUUUGGCCACCAACAUUGAUUCUUAUGACCAUCACUGCAGGAGGUUCUCAAUUGCAAAAGCAUUGGCAACAAUGUAACAUUGUGGUGGCAAUGAGCUGAAACAGGAUUCCGGGCCUAAUCCAUUUAUAUAUUUGGGUCGGUCUCAAUAUACCCAUCAAAUACGUAUGUAGCAACAUGAUUGCUUGGGUAUGUGUUUCCUAGCAACCAGGAGUAACCAUUCUAGGCCGGUGGGCAUAGUUCAGUUGGUUGAGCAAGGGGUGGCCAAAGAGGGUAAAUUCAUGUUCGAUUCUUGGCAAUUGCGUUGGGAGACAAUUAUGUUAACCACAUGGUCUCUUCAAGUAUAAGGUGAUAGCUUCACCUUUUGCGAGUUAGUAUUAAAGCUCAUUUCACCCU